AUGUCUACAGUUCUUCGGCCCAAUGCUGCUUUGAUUCAAAAGGCACGAGCGGCAGGAGAAGACUGCAAGAACCUCGGAAUUGGUGGAGACAAGCGUCCUACUGCUGUGUCUGAGGGAGGCAAUAAGAUGGCUCGUGUGUUCGGCUCGGAUUGCACACCGCAUGGGCUCAGAUUUCAGUUCAAUGACCGUAUCAAGCCAGUGACAACCCGUCAACUUGAUAUGCUAGCUCAGGGAGAUGAUCCAAAAGACAUUGAUCUGACCGAUUGCAAGUCCGCCAAGGCUAGCAAGGCUGGCAAGGACAUUGCGAGCCUCAUGGGCAGUGAUACGUCAGUCAGCGCACUCAAAUCUGAAAUAUGCGAGCGGGUCAAAGCUAUUGGCAAGCAUCAGAGUCAUAUGAAGGCUACGGGCCAAGAUCCUGCCAAGAUCGAAAUUUCCGCUUUCAAUGAUAGAAAGGGUCGUCAGGAUAUCAGCACAUACUUUGGUACCGAUAGCACCGGUGGUGGCAUUGGAUUCCAGUUCCGAGCCAUCAAGGCGGAUGCAAAGCGCCAGCGCGAUUGUAUCGAGGCCGGCGGUGAUCCCCGAGACCUCAACAUUGGUGGCAAGGGUGAAUAA